AUGCCAGCCGUGGACGAUGGCUUGGCUCCCGGAUGCUUCGAAGAUGGGGCUGAGCUUGCCAGGACUGCGAUCCCUGAAACAGCAACCACGGUCCUUCUGGGCGAAUGUACGCAUGGCACCGAAGAGUUUUACCAGAUUCGGGCUGAGAUUACAAGGUAUUUGAUGCAGACCAGGGGCUUCAAUAUCAUCCUCUGCGAAAGUGAUUGGACAUUCAUGUGGCACGUGAACCAAUACGUGCAUCGCAAGAAGAGCAACAUGUUUCCAGACACCGCACGCUUCCCAGACUGGAUGUGGAAGAAUCGGCCGUUUUAUGAGCUGGUCGAGUGGAUGCGAAAGCGCGCGUCUUCGGAUGGUCCCUAUGUCUUUGGCAUGGACUGCUACUGCAAAGAAGAGGCCAAAGAGGAGGCCUUGAAUUUCUUCGAUUUUUAUGACCGGGAGAACCUUGGCAAGGAGUUUCGACGCACUUUGUACCCGAUGGAGCAGCCAGACAGGUGGCCGAGCAUCCUGGCGAAGCUGCAGUGGGAGUUUCAGGCGGACUCUGGCAGCCUGCCCACGGCGCGGCACCAGAAGACAACUGCAGAUGGCACUUGUGGAAGUAUCGUACUAGCUUCGAAGAAGUUCAGGGGAUGCUCAAAGCUCGACCAGUUCAAUGUGGAGCAGAAUCUGGAGUGCAUGAUCGCGGCUGAUGAGUACUACUCCAAGCAGCGGCUGGAGCCGCCCGGGUCGCGUGCAAGUUGGAAUGCCCGCGACCAGCACAUGAUGACGACCAUCCUUCGCUUGAGGGCGCAUUCCCGAGAGCUCUUCGGCCUUGACGAGAAGGAUCUGAAGAUCAUUGUUUGGGCGCACAACUCCCAUGUGGGCGACGCAACUGCCACUCCCAUGGGGGGAAUGAACUUUGAGAGAAAUGAGAAGUGGAAUUUGGGCCAAAUGUGCCGGAAUACGCUGGAGUCGGUGUUCAUCGUGGGCUUCUAUUCCUUCUAUGGGGAGGUGCGGGCUGCGAAGAGAUGGGGGGGCGAAGGCCAAGUCAUGUCGCUCACUCCUGCGGUGCCCUACUCCUUCGAGCAUCGGCUGCACGAGUGGUUUCCGGAGAAGCGGGCACAGUUUCCGCUCCACAGGGUGCGGGAGGCUUCGAAGAAGUUCGAGUACAUCCCGUCGAAGUUUCCCUUGAACGUCGAAUACAGGGCUCUUCAUCCAAUGGUCAGGGUGAGCAAGGAUGUUAUGAUCCAAAACCAAUCUAGUGAGGAAGAGGCUGGUAAUGACGGGGCCGAUGACUCACUGAAGCACAAGCACCCGACGCUGGACCCUGCAAAGCCCUUUGUUGCCGUGCAGAGGGCCCACGUAGGUAAACAUGGCGAAGUCGUGCGUCUUCAGAUUCGUGGCUAUGACCGCGGCCAAUACGAUGGAUGGUGGGUGACGGAAUAUACACGGCACGGAUCGAGGACCAUCCACUGUCUCCCCUCCAGCCAUUUAAAUGCACUUUCGGGGCCCCUUGCGACGCCGGAGAAGGCAAGAACGGUGGCCAACUUUCCAAUUCUCCAGCGCUGGGUCGGUGUGCAAUACCACCCAGAGACAGAGAUCGAGUCCCACUAUGGCGAAAUGGCCAUUGCAAAAUGCUAUGACUUAGCAGUUUUCGUGGACAAGACUCGGGCACUGGAUAUCGACAUGACUGCAUCAGCUCCCCUUCCCGUUUCCGCUGCCUUGAGCGAGGGCGAGAAGCAAGCCACGGAAUCCACCACAGCUAGUCGGCACAACCGCCGAUUGUUAAUGGAGUACCGGAGGAUCAUGAAGAACCCCAUUGAGUAUAUUGAAGCGAGACCGCUGGACACAAAUAUUUUGGAAUGGCAUUUCGUGAUCACUGGAAACCAGGAUCCGUACACGGGCGGAAAAUACCAUGGCAUCUUGGAGUUUCCAGAUGAUUUUCCCAUGAAACCUCCGUCGAUUAAGAUGUUGACCCCGAGUGGCCGCUUCGAGAUCAACAAGCGCAUCUGUCUUUCCAUGAGCGACUUUCACAAGGAGUCUUGGAAUCCCAGCUGGACUGUAGAGAAGAUUUUGAUCGGCCUCAUGAGUUUCAUGUAUGAGGAGAACUCCGUUUCCAUUGGCUCUAUAUUGGAGCCCAAAGAGGAUCGACGGAGAUACGCUUCCGCAUCGGCUUAUUUUAAUGCCCAGAACGAGAUUUAUGUGCAGCUUUUCCAGACACCUGAUGAAGCAGAGGAGGAGGAGGACAUCCGAAAGCUGCGCCGCGUGGCAGCUGAGGGUGACAUCUCGGAGUCUGACAAGGCUUGCCGCUACUGCUUGGUGGAGUCUGGUGAGCUGGUCUCUCCGUGUGAAUGCAAGGGCAGUGGCCAGUGGGUGCACCUCAGCUGCUUGCGGCAAUGGCAGAAGUCGGUGCUGCUCACACAGUCUACACAUCCAAAGUACCAGACCCGAAUUGACGAAAUCUGCAACGUCUGCGAGCGGCCCUUCAAGGACGCGUUCAAGCCCCGCAGCCGGCGCGAGGCUCUGUUGGAGUACACAGGGGAGGAGCUCCCCCGGCUGAUCCAGAAGGGGAAUCUCCUAGUGAGCUCUCGCCCGAAGUCCGAGAAGAACGGGGAGCUCAUGCGGCAGCAGCCCGGGGUCUUUGCCGCAAAGCUGGGUCACUUCACAGCGGCGGUGUACCUGAUUGCCCUGUGCGAGCCCUACAACCCCAACAAGCGUGGGGGAGGGGCUGUUCUGGCUGUCAACCUGGUGCAGAAAGUGCCAUGUCCGCUGGAGCGCACAUCGCGACCUCUGCUGCAACAGGGUCCCGAUGUUGAGGUGACGACCUACCCGCUGAGGGAGUGGCAGUCCAGCUACGCCCCGCUAGUCCAGGUUCUGCAGGCCGCUCGAGUCCUGGGGCCCAGGGCCGUGGAGCAUUUCCUCGGUGGGCCUGUAGAGCCGGCAGAGGCAUUCGCACUGGUGGAGAUACCCCUCGAAGUGCUGGACGCAGCAAAGCAUGCGACAAACGGCUUUGCAGUGGAUCCUGGGAUUCGGAGGCAGCUCGCAAGCUGCUUUGAGCUCCUGCCCCCACAACGCAUCGCGCAACUUUCACGGCUACGGAUCAAGGGCAGCAUUUAUUUCGGAGAACUCGGAGUCAUAUUGGGGCUGCUGGCUAGCAUCUUCGUCCAGGUCGGUACGGGCGAUGGUUUCUUGCUGGGCGACGCGCCUCUGAAGGUCUUCUGGGGCUAUGCGUCCUGGAACGCAACGCAGUUGCUUGGAGAGAUUGCCCGGCGCGGCUGGGGUCUUGUGGUAACGGAUGCCACCAUGUCGUUCUCAACCUGGGAGCAAACAGUGGCUUCAUGGGAAGCUGUGGUGGACAAGAGCAUUGUUGCCCGUGAAAGUGAGUACUCUAAUUAG